AUGAAUGUUGCAAUAAUUGGCACAGAUUCUUAUCCAUCAAUGCAUACUUCUCUAUUAUUAACAUCUAAAAAUCAAUUUGUACCACCUAGUCAAAUUAAUCAAUCUCAAGUGAACAAUUUACAAAUUGGUACAACAACACCCACACCAGUACCGAAUGUAAUCAUGGCAAAUAAUACAAUUUUGUCUUCCAAUUUAACACCAAUAAGAGCUAUUUGUAUGCCAAUGCCGCAACAACAACAACAACACCCAUCUGUUCAGCCAUCACAAGUUACAUCUACCACUGGUCAGAGAACUGUAUUAUCACAAAUUAAAUUACCACCUGGUUGUACAAUUCUUACCGGAUCUGGUCAAACUCCAAAUAUUACUGGUCGUAUUAUUUAUGUUGAUAGAGCUACUGGACAAUCUUAUAUACCAGUCCUGACAAAUGCCUCAGGUAAUUUGAGUCAAAUAGCUUUAGGAAAUAAUAUACCCUUACCCAUCAGACAACCACAAUUUGCUCAAGUUGCUUCAUUGUCAACAAAUACUACAUUAUCGCCACAACCAUCAACUCAACAUCAACAAACACAAUCCAAUUGCACCGGAACUAAUGAAAAUACAUGUGGUCAAUCUGAUCAACAGAGUACAAUGCAAACUUCUAAUACUCAAAUUGAUCCAAGUUCUAUACCACCUGAUGUGACUAGAAAUAUUAGUACAGUUGGCCGACGACCUGGACCUCCACCACCAGCACCUGAAUUUAAUCUUGUUUGUAAUGUCUAUCAUGAAAGUAUUCAUAUUAAUGCUAUAAUAACAUACAUUAUAAAACGAGUUGAAAUAAAUAGAACACCUGAUCCUAAUCGUUUACAAUAA